AGUUGGAGUUCCACUCUCAGCGCCAUCGACUCCAGCUUCGCGUGCCGAAGGAGUAUCCAGCCUUGCCACUUGAAGUCGCAUUUGGCCUCGGCGAAGGCGCAGAGGCUGAAAAGUCAGAAGAAAGUCGAGAGCGAGCUCAUAUGUGGCAGGAGCAGAUGACACUCAUCGCCUCGGAGGCCGCAGCGCAUCACAGCAGCUCCCUGCAGGUGCUCCUGCAAAUGCUUCGGGCGGCGGAUGAGGAUGUGGAGCUCAAGCCGACGCAUCCUUCGGGUGCACCAGGACUCGCCACGGGUUCGACGGGGGUGCCGGAUGAUACAGGCUGUAGCGCGACACCCCUGGUGCAUCCGGCGCGAAGCUCCUUCGAGAGCUCUUUCGAGCUUUUGCCGCCACCGCUGGUGCCCGUGGAGAUCACAGAGUCGAGGUAUUUGCACCUGGUUCCUUUGACGCAUUCUCAUGGCUUCCAUAUUUGCCUGGACGAUCUGGCAAUGCCGUGGAAGGGCACCUUGGGUCGCUUGCCAUGCUGCACUUUCCAGCUGGAUCACCCAAGCUGCUCCCAAAAGCAGCUGGAGUUCGAGCUCGAAAGCACCUCGAGGCUCGUUGCACGUGUGGUCAGCGGCCAUCCCAUGCUGCUCUUCUCGCAGUGGCGAUGUCCGGGAGAUCAAGCUGAGCUCCAAAGCAGCGAUGUGCUGGCCAUUCCAAGCCACGAAAGGGACAAAUCGCCUCGUGAUCGAGUCGCCUUUUUGGCCUGGCGCUUGCAGCUCUCGGACUCGCCGGAGCCUCUUCCAACGGUUGGCGCCAGGUUGAUCCCUUUGCAUCGCCCAGAUCCGGAGCAUCUCCUGGACGGUGUGACCUGCCUGGGCACCGGGCCCGCGUACCGCGCGUGGAGGGCCACGCUCGUGGCAGAGCAACGUGAUGCUACAGCACUUGUGGAACGCGAUGAGGCGGGCAUCUUGCAUUUGAGGCACGUGGGUACAGAGAAUUGCCUCCUGAACGAGCUGCCACUAGCACCAGGCAGUCGCGAGGCGCUCCGGCAGGGGGAUGUGAUCUCCUUGUGCCGCGGCCGAAAGAUGGAACGUGGCAGGUCUGCACACUUUGUGGUAGACCUGGGCCAAGAGAUGAGCCGACCACAACCGACGCCCUGCCGCGCGGCCAUCGCGGGGCCAGAUUCCUUGACCAUGACGGUGCCUGAGACGGCCAACCUCACUGUGCUCGAGAGCGCGUGGCCCACGCAGCUGGAGAGCGCACCGUCUUUGGCUCGGGAGGAGGACCCGGAGGCCACCUUGAUACUGCCGGGGAUUCCGGUGCACCUCUGGUUGGCUGGCGAAGAUGCGCCCAAGGAGGAGCCCAGCAGUGAGGCAUCAUCCGCAGAACUCAUGGCAGCCUGCUUGCAGGAGCCUUCGGAGCCUUCGGAGCCUUCGGCGCCUAGGGAGCCGAACACCCGCGACGAACUGACGCCAUCCACGGAGGCAUCGUUCUUCCGGGAGAACUCCACUGAAGAAUGGCAGGGGCCGAGUUCCUCGCCGAAUUCCUUGGCACGCCUGGAGCAUUGGGUGAACCAAGCUGAGGCCUCUUUGAAGAGGUCGCGAGAAGAGGAAGCUGAUGAGGCCAGCGAGCAGUGCCCUCUCCUGCGUCGGACACGGGCACGUCAGCUGAGCGCCUCCUCCGGCUCCGACUGAGAAGGCCGCGAGGUGUCGCUUCAGACCACUCAUCUGGGGCGAGAUCUGAAAGAGGUGGAAUGAAUUCCUUCCAUUUACGUUUGAAGAUUCGGAACGAAUUGAUGCGCAUCCUGUGGGGGUCAGCUCAGGUGUUGCACAUGUACAAAAAAGAUACCGCCUGGGUGCUGGGCGAAGCAUGGGUGCUGGGUGCAUGGGUCCUGGGAUCCGGGGCUUGAGCAAAGACCACGCUGGUGUCCCUGUCAUCGUUGGCGAACCAAGGGAGAAGUCAUGGCGACCACGGUGCUUCAUCUCGCUUCAUCGAUACAUGGAACGACCCCACACGGAGGGGCAGAGAAGGGGCGCCUCCGAUUCUGC